AUGUCCAGGGAUUUGCUCCACUACGAGUUUGUGUGUACGCUGUCGGACCUGCCGCCCAUGGCCAAGAAGUGCGUCGAGCUACCGACGUCCCGUCGCAGCGUGAUGCUGCUCAACGUCCGGGGACAAGUUUUCUGCAUGGACCAGGCGUGUUAUCACCACGGCGGACCUCUCGUUCAUGGAGACAUUGAAGAAAUAGGCGGCAAGACCACGAUCAAGUGUCCGUGGCACGCCUACCACAUUGCAGUCGAGACGGGGGAAGGACUGUACCUGGGUGUCAACAUGGCCAGGACCUCGGCCGGACAACUGCAGCCGUCGUCGCCCACGCUCAAGUCCAAGGGCGUCAAGCAACGCACACACUUUGUGGAACUGCGAAACAAUGGCCAAGACGUCUACGUUGCUGAUUCCUACGCUAUUCCAGGAGCGUCCGCAAUCGAAUCAGACGUGUACGCCUUCCCCACCGCCAAUGUCCCGGUCGCUGCACAAAAGGGCGACGUGCGAAUCCACUCGCGGUUUGAGGCGUAG